UUUGUUAUGAAAAGUGUUUCAAUGUGUUUCCCUAAAUUGUGUUACGCCAGAGACCAGGGGGAGGCUUUCAACGACUGCUAGAGUUAAUUGGCGACCUCUCCAAGAAUUCACGUUUCAUUUUUAAAUAGUAAUUUCCUGGCUAGUAAGUUGAAAUUAAAAUUCAUUACACGACAUGCCAUGUACGAAAAGAUCGCAACCAAGUACGCUCCCUGUCACACGUUCUUUUAUACGGUUACAUUUGUGAUUUUUCACCAGCCCUGUCGAAUUUUAGCUCUACGACGAUAAGGAAAGUCUAAAAAAUGAAGGCGACUUUAAAUAAUAACCUUAUUAUUUAUGAAAUGCAAAUUGGCGUGAUUUUGUAGAGGACGUGAUGAUGGAUGUAAAAUUCGCAAGGUUUUGGAUUUUUUUUCAAGUUUUAGUGCAAUAGUGCCAUAGCCUUAGCAAGUAGACCCAAACUCAUAAAUAGGAUUUAAAAACUUCAUAAUGAUUAACGAACUAAACGAAGCCGAAAUAGAAAUAGUCCACCACAAAGUUAGAAUCAGAAUUACAGUUAAUCACAUUCGGCAAAAUAUUUAUCAAACGUCAGAGCAGGGGUUAGAGAGGAUGUAUGGACGAUAUGGAUGUAUGGAUCGAUUCGGUUAGAGUUAUUGAUGAUAUACAUCUAUAACUCUGAUUCGAUUCUCGAUUCUUUUUUAAAAGCAGGCGCCCUGUUGAGCGCGAGCUAAUUGGUCAAGUCCUUUUAUUUAUUUUCAAUUCAAAAAGAUAAUUCCCAAAGGGGCGAAGAAGAGGGUUUACCAUUUCCCGUAUUACUUUGGCUUUUGUUUCAACGGUAGUCUGCUGCUGCUGAACGCUGUUGUUAUUUGUUAACUUAUCAUCGAUUGCAAUGAGGAGAACAGAAAUCUUAUCCUGCUGAUCAUUUAUUGUUUUCGAAUUCUAAAAUCAAGUACUUGUUUUCUCGUAGCAUUGUUAUUUUGGUUGCGUUCAUUGCUUUUUUAAACGAUGUCGAUCAAAGUUGAUAAAAAGAAAGACGGUGUUACUUAUUGUGUGACAUGGAAAACGUUUAAAAGCCUCCUAUUUUCGAACAGAGAAAUCGAUGAAAUGUUCGAACUGAACACCCCAUUAAGCAACUUUUCAUUUAAAAUCUCAUUUACUCACAGUUUUCAGUUCAAUUUUUUAAGUUUUAACACUGUUUGCAUUGAACUGCGUUUGUCACUAAUCAAAUGCUCAAGCAACAUUUCUAGUCUGUGUGGAGGAAAAGACGCCAUCUUUAAUUGUGACCAUAAUCUGCCUUGCUCUGUUUGGGUUACAAUCAACGAUGAAGAGGAAAGAAGAAUAAAUCUGGAAAAAGCUGUUGGAUUAGAUGAGUGGACUUCAGGAAAAUUUAGUAUCAAAACUUUUGGCAACCCCACCUUCCACCUUUGGUUGCAGUUUGCAAAACAGCUGACGGAUGCCCAGCAAACACCAUUAGCUGAAGAUAAGGACAAUGGGAAAGUUCCUAAGUCUAAGGAGUUCUGUCGUGGCAAGCUGAUUGCACUCGAGCAACUGGAGAAAGUGUUUGUCUAGCAAACGAACUGCGAUGUCGAAUGUCGAACAAGAAACAAAUUUCCUACGUGGUGGCUGGUCUUGUUACCUCGAUUGCAUUGAUUGCAUUUUGCAUCUGGGCAGGCGUCGGCGGAUUUUUCGACAGGUUCAGUUAUUCUCAAAAACAAAAUGAGACGUCGGAGCCAGUGAUGUCGAUUAAAGAUAGAAGAGGAUUCAUUUUCAGUCGAUCGUCUGAUCAUCCGGAAACUGUUCGAAUUAUUGCCAGUGUCGCUACGUCAAAACCUGUGCCCAUCACUCACCCCAAUGUUUCCUCAUCUUCCGGGGACCAUUUGGCUAAAGUUCAGCGUUCUGAAACUAUGGCGACAUUAGCCAACGAAGGAUCUAGCCAGUGGGCUCAACGCCAGCAUUUAACCCCGACGCCCAAAUCCUUUUUCGACCUACCCGACUCCCGAGUUUGGGGCCCUGCCUUGGUGCAGCAGCAGAGCCGAACGGCGAAUCGAAACAACGAACGCUCGGAUCUUUUUUACCAGCCGGUCGAUGAGUCUAUCAGAAACUGGGAUCACGAUUCUUUCAACAUGAGCAAACUACUCAACACUGUCAGCCGCAUCUUUGGCGUCGACUUGCAAGAAGAAGAUCCUCACGUGAAAGCCAACGAGAAUGCCAUUAGCGCCGAUCGCUCUUCCUGGGUGACGCUGAGUUAUUUGAGUCUCAGCAUCUUUCUUCUUCGCCAAAUGGAUCGACUCUUGAAGUUGCAAUCGGAGCCCGUCGAUCCGCUCCUGAUGGAAGAAAGAGGCCGAAGCAUGAGCAGCGCACUACAACCCUGGACUUACAAUAGUUUGAACUUGCUUUUCACCGAACCCAGUAACAACACGGACGUGGAAAAUGUAGUCAACAACGCUGCCGGUGAAGAUUCGGCCGAUGAUUACCUCUGGGCUGCUCACAAUAUCCUGAAAGCUUCCAAGGAUUCAAAUGGCGAAGGUUUAGACUGUAUUUGGUCUGCUUAUUGCACGGAAAUCAACAGCCGGGCAGCUCUGGAAGGAGUGACAGGAGUAACAGGAACAAUAGCAAAGAUGAACGCUGUAGUGUUGAAAAUGGCGACUGGCUGGCUGAGUCCAUCUACCGCUAUGAUCAAAUUGAUUCGCGCCCCUUUUGACUGGAAUGGAAUCGACUGCAAUAAAAUAUUCCCAAGUUGUAAAGCGGAUGAUGCCGUAAAUUACCUGGUCCGUCUAGCGACGACCACAUCUGGUUCCAACUAAAAUACGGAGAGGGGAUACUAUAACGGUGGAGGUGUUUCGGUUGGCAUAAACACACCGGUCGAGUUCUGUUACGUUGUAAUGUUCGUUAACUUGUCGCGUGUGUACGGGUUGGUUGGUGUAUCAUAUCAUUCUAAUAAAUCCUGAUUAUUGAGUA